AUGGGUGAUAUUACAUACUACAACGGAGGAGCCGUCGUGGCAAUGAUGGGAGAAGGAUGUGUAGCUAUCGCAUGUGACAAGAGACUGGGCUUUAACCAACAAAUCACAGUCGGCUCAAACUUUCCAAAAGCGUUCAAGGUGACGGAUAAUUGCUUCUUCGCAGCCUCAGGAUUGGCCACUGACAUACAAACACUGAAAGAUGAAAUUAUGUUUAAAGUAAACAUGUAUCAAAUGAGAGGAGAAAAGCAGAUGAACGUAAAAACGCUAUCUAAUAUGGUAGGAACAAUGCUGUAUUCCAAGAGGUUCGGCCCAUGGUUCGUGGAUUCCGUCAUUGCUGGACUGGAUUCAAAGAAUGAACCAUAUAUUACGUGUUUCGAUCUGGUUGGAGCACCCUGUACACCCACGGACUUUGUGGUCGUCGGCACGUGCUCAGAACAACUGUAUGGUGUUUGUGAAGCCCUGUUUAGACCAGGAUUGAACGCAGAUGAACUGUUUGAGACGAUUUCCCAGUGUUUAAUGGCAGGAAUUGAUAGAGAUUGUCUUUCGGGUUGGGGUGCAGAGGUCCAUGUAAUUACUCCAGAUAAAGUGGUAUCAAGAUCACUUAAAACGAGAAUGGAUUAA